AUGGGUCCCUGGGCAGGUGAGACCCUCAUAGAGGACAUGCCCCCACCCCCACAGCUCCCCAACAACCUGCUGGGCCAGUGUCCACACAGUGACACCCACAUCUCCUGCACUGUUCCAGGUGCUUUGGUGGCCCCAAGCCUCGCCCUCCUCGUGUCCUUCACGGCUCACUGUUCGAGUCUCCAGCCUGAGGGCUUCUCCGAGGGAUGGCUAGACGCCAGCCGGCCUGACUUAUGGGCCAGGGCCAACAGCUCUGCCCUGCAAGGCUUUUGGUGCCAGCCCGCCAGUCAGCUGUCCCGGGACCAGCUCUCAGCCCUCAUCAAGAGAAUGGAUGCGCAGCAGGUGCCCCUGCAGGCCUGGCAGCUCAGCUGCCUGGCAAACCUGGCCUCGAAGCAUAGCCUCCAGGGAGACUUCCAGACACAACCCCCGAACCUGCUGCUCUUCUACAACCUGUCGCAAGUGAGACAGGAGCAGUGCCGGAACUUCACUGGCCGCGCCGCCCAGGGGGACAUGGAGCUACUGACGAACCUGCCAGACCAGCGGAUGGCUCUGCAGCGCAUGGCCCUGACCUGCCUGGGAGGGCCACGACUGGAGCUGAAUGCUACUGACUUGCAGCUCCUCGGGGGGCUGGUGUGCGACCUGGACGCAGCCAGCAUCAGGGCUGCGGACCCCCACGUGUUGCAGAACCUGCGCAGCUGCCACUGGCUCACCAAGGCCCAGCAGGACUCACUUAACCAGAUGCUGGCCAGCGGGAGGACAACCCUGGGGCCCCCAGAAUCCUGGAACCUGGAGGGGCUGCAGAGCCUGGGCCCGCUGGCUACCUACAUCAGUCCCAGCCUCUGGGUGCAGGUACACGAGGCCGUGGGCCUGGACUUCUUUGGCAGCAUGGUGGCUGCCUACCGGAAGGGACAGCUCAGCCAGACGGAUGCCCAGCGCUUCGUCACUAGCUUCCUUGAGGCCAAGGCCAGAUCCUCACGGCUCAGGAGGGGCACAGGAAGACGCUGCAAGCGCGGGGACAUCACAGGAGCCACGCUGCGGGACGACCUCUUCCUGGUGCGCUACGACUGUGGACAGCUCGAGUCCUGCCUGGGGCCACGAGUGCUCAGAGCCAACCUGGACCCUCUGCUGCAGCACCCGCUGCCUGCUGAGUGCCAGCGUGUCGUCAAGGCCAAGCUAGGGCUGAUCUACCCGGGUGGCCUCCCAGAGGAGAAGCUGCCACGCGUCACCUCGCUGGUGUACCUGUACUCAUGUGCGGAGAUCAGCCAGUGGAACAUCACGUCCAUGGACACGCUCGUGGCCCUGCUAGCCUCAGAUGUCGCCCUGGACAACCAGACAGAGGCCCUCCUGCAGAAAUAUCUAGACCACAAUGGCACCCUCACUGGAGCCCUGCUCGUGGCCAUCGGGGGCUCCCGUCUCUGUUGGAUGAGCCCCCAGCAGAUCCAGAUCAUCGAGCCGUCCGAGUUCCGGCUGGCCGGGGCCCUGGACAUCUCCUCCUGCCCGCAAAGCCGCAAGAACGUGCUAUUCGCCAAGGCCCAGGAGGCUUUCCGCAGCACCCAGACCACCGACGCUUACUACCGCUUCAUGCGCCCCUACCUCGGUGGUGCCCCAGUGGAGGAACUUCGGCACCUGGCACAGGCUAAUGUCUCCAUGGACAUCGACACUUUCACCAACCUGAACCCCCACGUGCUACAGAACCUGAGCGUGGACAAUGUAAACACACUUCUGGGCCAGAACGUGGGGGACCUGCGGAAGGCUCGUAGCCAUCCCACCAUCAGCUCCUGGUUGCGCAGCCUUAAUAGCUCCGCCCUGGGGGAGCUGGGGUUGGAAACAGGUCCUGCUGGCCACCACAUCGGCCGCUCCACCCACCGGCCACCCAGCACUACCCCGCUGACCUUCCAGAUUGCCCACUCUGCAGGCCUGUUGGCCGGGGACAGCGUGGACAUCCCCAACUCCGGUACAGUCCCUUAG